CAAGACGACAAGACCAACCACAAAUAUUGGGGGCCGCCCUAUAUAUUGAACCAUUGAUAUACACACGUAUGAGUGUGACUCGAAGCUGACAAACUCGAAAAAAAGUAAUACAAUAAAAAAAUAAUAAAGAGCGGCAAUAAUGAAUUUCAAUUUACCAAUUCGAUCGUCCCCGAGUCCGAGGAAUCAAGCUAGUAGAAACUACUUCACUAAUUAUACGCCGCCGGCAUCAGCAGAAGCUGUCAAUGGUCCGGUGCGUGAACCCGCUCGGGAGCUCCUGACUAUAAAUGAUCGCCUCAUUGUCGGGGUUGACUUCGGUACCACAUUUUCUGGAGUAGCGGCUGUAUACACCUCAACGCCAGAUGAUAUCGAGAUCAUCAAGACGUGGCCGGGAGGGAACGGCAUCACGUCUGACAAAGUUCCCACUGAGAUCUCAUACGACUUCCCGCCCAACGCGCCGGCGGGGACAAGUCCCAACGUAAAAUGGGGAUUCCAGUUUAAGCCCGAGGAGUCGAGGUUAAGAUGCAUCAAGCUGUUCCUCGACCGGUCCCAGAAGCUGCCGUUCUACGUCAGCCCGCAGGAGACCGCCACGCUGCUGAAGAAGUACAAUAAAACGGUCGUCGACGCCGUUAGCGAUUAUCUGACUGAGAUCUAUAAGCACACGAUGAGCACCUUAACCCGGCGGUACGGAGAGUCGUUUAUGGCGUCGACGAAUGUGGACUUCGUACUCACCUGCCCGGCCGUAUGGUCUGACGCGGCGAAAAAUACAACGUUACAAGCUGCUGAAAGGGCUGGGAUGGGCGUCAAAUCGGAGAUUCAGAUGGUCAGCGAGCCGGAAGCUGCUGCUGUCUACACUCUGAAAGCCAUCCAGCCCAACCAUCUCAACGUGGGAGACAAUUUCAUCGUGUGCGAUGCGGGUGGUGGGACAGUGGAUUUAAUCGCAUAUAAAAUCAUAUCACUAAAGCCUCUAAGAGUUGAAGAGUCAGCUGUCGGAACCGGCGGUCUCUGUGGAAGCGCAUUUCUAAACUACAGAUUUGAGGAACACGUCCGAGGACGGCUCGGCCAUAGCCAGUUCGAGGAGAUGAAAUUAAAGAAGGCCAAGACUUGGCAGAUGGGCCUUCGGUACUUCGAGGAGUUCGUCAAGAGGAAUUUCAACGAAGACGAGUAUCAAGAGGUCAACGUUCCAUUCCCAGGUCUGCCUGACGAUGAAGAAGCACGAGUAGACUCGGGUUUCCUCGUUUUAACGGCCGAAGAGAUUAAAGAAAUCUUCGAGCCUGUGGUAAAGGAAGUCUGCGACCUCGUCCAAGGUCAAGUAGACGUUAUCCGCGGCAAGGGAGGCAUCGUUUCGGGCAUCAUAUUAGUCGGUGGCUUCGGCCAGAGCGACUACCUCUACCGACGCCUCAAGUCGCAUUUUACAAGCACGGCACCCCCUCCUUACACAGAACGACCAACACACGCCACGACCAGCCUAGCAUACGAAGGGAAUGGCAAUAUCGAAGUGAUGCAGCCCGUGUAUGCGUGGACAGCGGUGGUUCGCGGAGCCGUACUACGCGGGCUCGAAGGGAAUAUGGUUAUUAGCAGGAAAGCCCGCAUGCACUACGGAACAUCCUACGCGACCGUUUACGACAAAGAUAAACACGACGUGAGCGAGAGGUAUUGGAGUCCGUUGUGGGAACGGUGGAUGGUCAGCGACCGGAUGCAAUGGCAUAUCGCAAAGGGCGAAGCGAUAUCCCCGCUGUCGCCGAUCGCCUUCCACUACACGCGCAACUUCCGGCCGGGGCAGUCGCUGGUGGUGACGGACGACCUGAUCGCGUGCGAGGCGGACGAGCCGCCGGCGGCGUACUCGCGGGACCAGCUGGUGCACGUGUGCACGCUGACGACGGACCUGAGCGCGGUGCCGCACAGCCUGUUCACGCGGCUCACGACCACGCGCGGCGUCGAGUUCGACAACCUCGACUUCACCCUCGAGAUGAUCGUCGACAGCGCGGGGCUCGGGUUCGAACUGAAGGUCGACGGGGUUAGGUACGGGCGCGUCGAGGCCGAGUUUCACUGAUUUCGCGGCGCUGCUUGUUUGCGCUACCUACCUACCUAUCUUAAGUACCUAACCUAGGUUAGGUUAGGUAUUCAUAACGGCGUUGAUAGCUCUUGGCUCUUCGGAGCGCAGAAUUGC